AUGAAACCAAAUGCGAUCCGCAGUUCAAACUAUCGGUGCGCUUCGAGCGAUGACUCGCCAGCAAGAGAGAAGCGACAGUUCUUGUUAAAUACAAAUACGUCAGCGAUCCUACGAUUUGUCCAGCUUAGGUUUGGCAACGGCGGCCUUCGUCUCGGCAAACUUGAAGCUCUCGGACACACCUUUGCCCUUGUUACCGACGCGAACAAGGACAGCUCUCUCGACGGCAUGAACGAUACCACGACGGAUGUGCGGGCCAAGUCUCUCGACAUCAACCUCGUAGUUGGCGGUAGUGAACUUCUUGAAGAUCGGAGAUGGCGUGCCCUUGCGGUCCUUCGCGGCGUUGAUGGAGAACUCCACCAUGUCGAUUACCCGGAUCUUAGGCUUGGUCGACUUGGGUCUCUUCGAAACGGCUGGAGCAGAGGCGGGAGCACUCAUUCCCCUCGUCAUACGGUUGCCGCAAACGGAGACGAGAGCCAUUGCGGUAUAGUCGAGGCGUUUUCUGAAUCAUCUGAUGUUGAUGAUGAUGAUGAUGAUGAUGAUGAUGAUGAUGAUGAUGAUGAUGAUGAUGAUGAUGAUGAUGAUGAUGAUGAUGAUGAUGAUGAUGAUGAUGAUGAUGAUGAUGAUGAUGAUGAUGAUGAUGAUGAUGAUGAUGAUGAUGAUGAUGAUGAUGAUGAUGAUGAUGAUGAUGAUGAUGACGACGACGAUGAGUGCGACACGCGGCCCAGAUCACUGGAAUGUCAAAGUGCCCCAACUUUGGUGGAACUAAACAAGGCAGAAUGCGUCAACAUAGCUGAUCGUUUUGCAAAGGCCGAUAGCCCCGACGUGGAUUUUAUGCAUUACGACCCUGUGAUGAUGUUGGCCAUCGUCAACAUGCCCACGGUUGUAUGGAUGUUGUGA